GCGCGUGGGGUGGGGCCAGGUGGAGCAGGCGCCGCGGCUCUAGCGCCGCUGUUAUUGUUACACUGUAUCGGGUUCGGGGUGACGCUGGGCCCGCCCUUUCCCCUCGGGCGGAGAAGCUGGGUGCGGACCGGAGCCGCCCCGCAGGGACUCGCUCAGGAUGCCGAUCAACAAAUCUGAGAAGCCGGACAAGCCUGAGAGCUGUGAUAAUGUCAAGGUUGUCGUCCGAUGCCGACCUUUCAAUGAAAGAGAGAAAGUAAUGUGCUACAAGAUGGCAGUUAAUGUUGAUGAAAUGAGGGGAACCAUUACUGUUCAUAAAACAGACUCUUCCAAUGAACCUCCAAAGACAUUUACAUUUGAUACAGUUUUUGGACCAGAGAGUAAACAGCUUGAUGUCUAUAAUUUAACUGCGAGACCAAUUAUUGACUCUGUUCUGGAAGGAUACAAUGGCACCAUCUUUGCAUAUGGACAGACUGGCACAGGCAAAACUUUUACCAUGGAAGGUGUACGAGCUGUUCCUGAACUUAGAGGAAUCAUCCCCAAUUCAUUUGCCCAUAUAUUUGGUCACAUUGCAAAGGCAGAGGGGGACACAAGAUUUUUGGUUCGAGUGUCUUACUUGGAAAUUUACAAUGAAGAAGUGCGUGACCUGCUCGGAAAAGACCAGACACAGAGACUAGAGGUUAAAGAGAGACCUGAUGUGGGAGUUUAUAUCAAAGAUCUUUCAGCGUAUGUUGUAAACAAUGCAGACGAUAUGGACAGAAUCAUGACAUUAGGCCACAAAAACCGUUCUGUUGGUGCCACUAAUAUGAAUGAGCACAGUUCUCGUUCCCAUGCCAUCUUCACUAUUACCAUUGAGUGCAGCGAGAAGGGUGUUGAUGGAAACAUGCAUGUUCGUAUGGGCAAACUGCACCUUGUAGAUCUAGCUGGGUCAGAAAGGCAGACAAAAACUGGAGCCACUGGGCAACGACUAAAGGAAGCCACAAAAAUUAACCUUUCGCUUUCCACUCUUGGGAAUGUUAUUUCUGCAUUGGUGGAUGGCAAGAGCACUCACGUGCCCUAUCGUAACUCUAAAUUGACUCGACUUCUUCAGGAUUCCCUGGGGGGCAAUUCAAAAACCAUGAUGUGUGCAAAUAUUGGUCCAGCAGACUAUAAUUAUGAUGAGACUAUCAGCACACUAAGAUAUGCCAACCGUGCCAAAAACAUCAAGAAUAAGGCCAGAAUUAAUGAAGAUCCCAAGGAUGCCUUGCUCCGUCAGUUUCAAAAAGAAAUUGAAGAACUUAAAAAAAAGCUGGAGGAAGGGGAAGAGAUAUCUGGCUCUGAUAUCAGUGGUUCUGAAGAUGAAGAUGAAGAUGAUGAUGGGGAGAUUGGAGAGGAUGGGGAAAAGUGUAAAAAACGAAGGGGCAGUAGCAGCAGCAGUAGUUCAGACUCCACAUGCUCUGUCAUAGAGAAACCUCUGGAUAAGUCCUUCACUAAUCAAGCAGGCAAGAAGAAAGUUUCCCCAGAUAAAAUGGUAGAGAUGCAAGCCAAGAUCGAUGAAGAGAGAAAAGCACUUGAAACCAAGCUUGACAUGGAAGAGGAAGAGAGAAACAAAGCCAGGGCUGAACUGGAGAAGAGAGAGAAAGAUCUGCUCAAAGCCCAACAGGAACACCAGUCACUGCUGGAGAAGUUAUCAGCUCUGGAGAAGAAGGUGAUUGUGGGAGGUGUGGACUUGCUGGCAAAAGCUGAGGAGCAGGAGAAACUUCUAGAGGAAUCUAACAUGGAGCUUGAAGAGCGAAGGAAAAGAGCCGAGCAGCUUCGCAAAGAGCUUGAGGAAAAAGAGCAAGAGCGCCUGGACAUUGAGGAGAAGUACACCAGCCUGCAGGAGGAGGCACAGGGCAAGACCAAGAAGCUGAAGAAAGUCUGGACAAUGCUAAUGGCUGCAAAAUCAGAGAUGGCAGAUCUGCAACAGGAACAUCAGAGAGAAAUUGAAGGAUUGCUGGAGAAUAUUCGGCAGCUCAGCAGGGAGCUUCGUCUUCAAAUGCUCAUCAUAGAUAACUUCAUUCCUCAGGACUAUCAGGAAAUGAUUGAAAACUAUGUUCACUGGAAUGAAGACAUUGGAGAAUGGCAGUUGAAAUGUGUUGCAUAUACAGGGAACAACAUGAGAAAACAGACCCCAGUACCAGAUAAAAAGGAAAAAGAUCCCUUCGAGGUGGACCUUUCCCAUGUUUAUCUAGCUUACACAGAAGAGAGCCUGAGGCAGUCUUUGAUGAAAUUAGAGAGGCCGAGGACUUCAAAAGGAAGAUCAAGGCCUAAAACCAGUAGAAGAAAACGUUCAGCAAAGCCAGGACCCGUAAUUGACUCUCUGCUUCAGUAGGUGUUACGCAUUCAGCGUCAGAGUAAAGAUUAAUGUGUGUUGUAAUGCUUUGCUAAAAUUCGUAGUUCAUUAGAAAAUAUUGAGGAACUGGCACAAUUUGACCAGAAGGGGCUACAAAACAAUGCAUCAUCAGUAAACAAAAAUGAACUUUUCUCUAAUUACCCUUAUACUGUAUGUUAUAUUAACAUACGUUAAACCAGUAUAUAUGUUGUUGCAAAAUUGUCAAUGUAUUACACCACUCUUUGUGUUGUGCGGGGAAACCAUUGGCAGUAACCCUUGUCGAAAUGAAAUGUAUAGAAAGCAAGAACUCUAGAUGUGUUUAAAUUUUAAAAAUAUUAGCCCAGUGGUAGAUAGACCCUGAACUUUAAAUCCUGAUAACUCCGUUUUAUGUCCUGCUUUGUACAUAAACUAGCAGCUUACACUGUUGUCCUGUGUUGCACUGUUAUAUGUUUUCAUGUGGUGGGUAUAAAUCCAUGAUGUAACUCAAUCUGAAUACUGAGCCCCCUUCUUUGGCUAUUUAAAUACACCCUAAUAGUAGCUGUUGUUCGAAUUUCAUAGAUUAGAUGACUAAUUGUCUUUCUGUUCCUUUAGUAACUGACAUAUGUAGACUUACUGUUAUUGUUGCAUAAAGAGUGACUGUUUCGAAAAUCUAAACUGUACAAAUUCAAGAACACUGGGCAAGGGACAAUGUUUUGUUUAGUUUCAGUACAAAUGAAAACAAAGCUGUUUAGUUUCAUUUUA